CUCUUCAGGAUUUAGCUCUUGGUGGCAACAAUUUGAAUGGUAUGGUUCAAGUUCUUAUCACAUAAAUUUGUGUAAAUGAGAUUUUAUUAGUUUGAUGACACUUUUUUUGCCAGGAAUACUACCACAUGAGAUUGGCCAUCUUCAAAGUCUGGUUGCUUUUGGUGCUGAACGGAAUGAGAUUGCUGGCUCAAUCGAUUUCAAUAUUUUCAUUAAUAUGUCUUCUCUGCAAACCUUAGCACUAGGGCGUAACAAAUUCACGGGGAACCUUUCAAGGGAUGUCAGGAAUAUUACCAUGCUAACAAAUUUGGAUCUCUCGGAAAACCAUUUUACAGGUACGACAGAGUAAUUUUCAUGUAAAUUGUCUGUUUAGCUACAAUAUGUGUUUUUGAAAUCUCAUGUUUUGCAGGGCUAAUUCCCACUGAAUUUUGCCAACUUUACCAUUUGGAGACAUUAGUAUUAAAUUGGAACAGCGUGAGCUUGAGUGGUUCGAUUCCACAUGAGCUCUUUAACAUUUCAACUCUUCGGAUUCUUUCACUUGUCGGCAAUGCUCUGACAGGGGCUCUUCCAACCCAUUUAUGCCAUGGUUCUCCCUUUCUUGAACAACUUUAUCUUGGCCAAAAUUCUAUCACCGGAGCAAUACCCAACUCCAUCUCUAACUGUUCUCAACUCACAAUUCUGUCACUUCUUGAAAACAAAUUCAGUGGUUAUAUACCUACUCAUCUCGGCAACCUAAUACUUCUUCAAGAUCUUCGACUGCAUAGAAACAAUCUUACCCAGCCACCAUCUUCUUCCUUCAUUACUUCAUUGACAAAUUGCAAGUCUCUAACUACUUUGUCAAUUGCUGAUAAUCCUCUAAAUGGUGUCAUUCCAGCUUCUGUCGGGAACUUAUCUUCCUCUCUUCGGGAAUUCGAUGUCAACAACUGCAAAUUCAGUGGCAGCAUUCCUGUUGAAAUAGGCAAUUUAAGCAAUUUGAUGGUACUGGGUUUAUCUGGGAAUGAGUUAUCUGGUAAUAUUCCACUAACUAUAAACCAUUUCCAUCAACUUCAAGGAUUAUAUCUGUCUCGUAACAUGUUGGGAGGCUCAAUACCACAUGGUAUAUGUGAUCUAUUCAGCCUCUAUACUUUAUCUAUGUACCAGAAUCAAUUUUCAGGCCCAAUUCCUAAAUGUCUGGGAAAUGUCUCAUCCUUAAGAUAUCUUUAUCUAGACUCCAACAUUUUGAAUUCAAGCAUACCAUCAAGCUUAUGGGGCCUAAAAGAUUUGAUCGAAUUAUACUUAUCCUCAAAUUCAUUAAAUGGGUCACUAACUCUAGAGAUGAGUAACUUAGGUGCAGCAAUAUAUAUAAACCUAUCGAUGAAUCAGCUGUCAGGGUCAAUUCCUAGCACUAUUGGGAAGUUGCAGCAUUUGAUUUAUUUGUCUUUGGCAAAUAAUAGACUAGAAGGUUCUAUACCUGUGUCUAUGGGAAGCAUGAUCAGUUUGGGAAAUCUCGACUUGUCGUACAACAACCUCUCUGGUUCAAUUCCAAAGUCUUUAGAAGCACUUCAACACCUCGACUACUUUAAUGUCUCUUUCAAUAGUUUAAGUGGAGAAAUUCCUAAUGGAGGUUCUUUUAGAAACUUCAAUAUGGAUUCUUUUAAGGGUAAUGAGGCAUUGUGUGGAAUCCCCAAGUUCCAUGUCCAAAUUUGCUCUUCAAUUUCUAAUCACACAUCAAAGAGAAAGAAGGUGGAACGAGCUUCAUUUAUUGUUUUCGGGGUUGUGGCUUUCAUUUCAGUUGUUUCUUUGGCCUUCAUAAUUGUCAGAAAUAAAAGAAAAGAUAAGACGACUAGAGAAGUUGAUGAGUUGAUAUUCAUUGUGCCAGAAAGAAUAUCUUAUUAUGAACUGCUGCAAGCAACGAAAAAUUUCGAUGAAAGCAAUUUACUUGGCACUGGGAGUUCUUGCUCUGUCUAUAAAGGAAUUCUUAACAAUGGGAAUGAUAUCGUUGUCAAGGUGUUCAAUAUGCAGCUAGAAGGUAUUUCAAGAAUAUUUGAUGUUGAAUGUGAGAUACUACGUAGCAUUCGACACAGGAAUCUGACAAGCGUCAUAAGCAGUUGCUCUAAUGAAGAGUUCAAGGCAUUAGUACUUGAAUAUAUGCCAAAGGGAAACCUUGAAAAAUGGUUAUAUUCCCACAACUAUUGCUUGAAUAUGAUGGAGAGAUUGAAUAUAAUGAUUGAUGUUGCAUCGGCUUUGGAGUAUCUUCACCACGGUUAUUCAAUGCCCAUUGUCCACAGCGACUUGAAGCCUAGUAAUGUGCUGUUAGAUGAAGACAUGGUUGCCCAUGUAAGCGACUUUGGGAUAGCAAAGUUGUUAUGCGAUGGAGAUAGCUUUGUGCUAACCAACACGCUAGCAACAUUGGGUUACAUCGCUCCAGGUGAAGUUUCUCUAAAUAUUCUGAUUGCACUUCACUUUCAAUCAAUUAAUUGUGUCUUCCUUACUGCAUACAUCAUGAUUUUUGCUGUUCCAGAGUAUGGUUUGGAAGGGCUAGUUUCAACAAGGUGUGAUGUUUAUAGCUACGGGGUGAUGUUGAUUGAAACUUUUACGAGAAAAAGGCCUAGUGAUGAUAUGUUUUGCGGAGAUAUGAGCUUAAAGAGAUGGGUAGAACUCUCACUUUUGGAGAUCCCAGAUGAAGUGAUAGAUGUCAACUUAGUCAUGAAUUUGGAGGAAGAAAUGAUUGACAAGAAUAUGCAAUGUGUAUCAUCCAUACUUGAAUUGGCUCUGAAAUGCUCUGCGGACUCUCCCUGGGAUAGAAUCAACAUGAAACAAGCACAUGCAGAGUUGCAAAAAAUCAAACAUCGAUAUUCCCAAUGA